ACGUAAGCCCCUCAGCCCCCGUUUUUAGUCAGCUUCGCGAGUGUACAAUUAUGUUCACUCCGGGGCCUGAAACUCCCCACAAUUCAAUUUGCGACAAUUGUACAUGCGCUAAGAAGUCUGCGAAAACUUAAACACCAAUGGAGAAGUCAAAAUACAAGUAACAUAUGAAAGCUGGUGGUUCCUUUUAACAUGAGCCUUCAAUAUUCCAAGGUGCUGGAGUACAAAGCCAAAACUACAAGAACUGUCACUGUCCCAGUACUUUUGGAGCUCACUGUAUACGUCUCUGUUAUCAGAUUCAAAAUCUGACAGUUGCUCAAUGUAGCAUGACCAAGUAACCAACAGUGGUGACACUGACUCGAUUAAAGUGUUUGUGCGGGUGAGACCUCUGAUCCAUGGGACCAGCCUAACCACUGACGGAUACCAAGGUCUCUGUCACCUCUCCGAACACCAUGUGCCUGCACAUCAAGCUGUUGCGCGGACAUUCACCUAUGACCAUGUUGCUGAUGUGGACGUCACUCAGGAUUCUGUAUUCUCCAGUGUGGCCAAGAACAUUGUCGUGUCAUGUAUGAAUGGAUACAAUUGCACCGUUUUUGCCUAGUCUGUCUGAUUUCGACAACUUCACUGAUGACCAAUGGGCUGGGGGGGGAAGAAGAGAUUAUCCCUCUAUGUUUUGAGUACCUGUUGUUCCUCAUCAGCAAGGAGGUCGAAAGGUCUGGAAAUACCAAGAGCUUCCUGUGCAAUUGCUCCUUCAUUGAGAUCUACAACGAGCAGGUUUAUGAUCUGCUGGACAGCGCUUCAGCCAACCUGUUCCUCAGAGAGAACAUCAAGAAGCGGGUGUUUGUGAAAGGGGCUGUAGAACAUUUUGUCACUUCAGUUGCUGAAGCUUACCAGGUCUAUCAAUAGGCUGGUGUAAUAGACGUGUGGCUUCUAUCUCCAUGAACAGGGAGUCAUCGCAGUCCUAUGCAGGCUUCUCCAUGACUCUGCAGUCCAAGGAGGCUGCUGGAGGUGGUGAACAUCCGCACAUCCCAGCUGAACUUGGUGGACCUGGCUGGGUUGGAGAGGCAGAGAGAGAGAGACACACACACACACACACACACACGCAUGCACGUGCACACACACACACGCACGCACACACACACACACACACACACACACACACACACACACACACACACACACACACACACACACACACACACACACACACACACACACACACACACACACACACACACACACACACACACACACACACACACACACAGAGGGUUCCAGACUCAAGGUGAUGCAGGAGUACUGUCCGAACAUUCACAGCACUCAACAAACCCUUUAGAAGGCUAAAUUCCACUGUGAAUCUGUUAUUGUGUGCACUCAUUUGGUAUAUUUUUAUCACUCCUCACUCCUUUAUCACUCCUCUUUUCUCCUCUUUCAGGAGGCAAGCAGCAUCAACCACUCCCUCGUGAUCAUGGCACUGGUGGAUGAGUCCAAUGGGAAGAGCCGGCAUAUCUGCUACAGGGACUUCAAACUCCCCUUCUUGCUUUGGGACUCUCUUGGAUGUAAUGCUAAGACCUAGAUUAUAGCCAAUGUGCACCCAAGUGCUUUGGGGAAACUGAAAUCAAAACAAGGUUAGUAUGCAAAGUUGGGUUCAUCGCAAUAGUUAUUAAAUAUGCUACUAAAACUUUUCUCCAUACAGGAGGGGAAAGGGGAAACCUAGUCAGUUGCACAACUGAAUGAAUUCAACCAAAAUGUGUCUUCUGCAUAUUUAACCCAACCCCUCUGAAUCUUAGAGGUGCGGGGGGCUGCCUUAAUCUACGUAAUUGGCACCCAUGAGCAGUCAUUGUUGGGGGUUAACUGCAUUGCUCAAGGGCAGAAAGCCAGAUUUCUCCACCUUGCCGUCUCUGGGAUUUGAACCAGUGGCCUUUCAGUUACUGUCCCAAUGAUCUUAACCACUAGGCUAUCUGCCACCAUGAUACUGUGAUACUGAUUGUAAUAUAUACUGUAUAUGUGGUUGUUUAGUGAGCAUCUUUAGUGCAGCAACGGUCCCUGCAGGAUGCCUUUGACCAGAUCCAUGCCGAGGCCAAGUUUGAGGCAGACCAGUCCAGGCAGCAGCUCGAGGACAACCAGCAGGACAUCAUAGCUCAGCAGGCCCAAAUCACUGUCAGUCAGCUCCUUUUUAAACCAACCAAGCCCGCUUCUCUGUUAAGGACAUUCAGAGCCUACCUGUCUCAUUUGUAUGACAUUACAGUUUAACCCCUAUGGAGGAUUGAGUGUGAUUAGUUUUUAUUGAUGAAUAUGUUGGUUGAAUUGUAGGAAUUGACAAAAGCUCUUCAGUCUGAAAGAACACACAAACCAAUAUGACCCCCAUUUGAGAGAGGCUAGAGAGAGCACUUUAGAGUGAGUUGUAUAAAGGCAUAUUUUCUAUUUGUGCAUGAUGAGACCUUUUUGAAGUGUAUUUUAAAUGUUUUGUUGACAUGUUUGAUUUGUUUCUCCCCAGAGAGCUUGUUCAGAAUAUGGAGCAGAAUGUAGUGCUAAAGAAGCAAGUGUCUGACUGGACUACACAAAACCAAAAACAAACCUGUCAUUCAUUCAUUGUUUUUGUGUACAUGGUGGUUAAUGUAGUGUUUUAUUUAUAUUUCUUAGAAAUUGUUAUCACUAGUAUGUGUUUUUAGUUUUGUCAAAUACAGGUAAACUAUUUGACAUAAUUGGAUCUUAAUCGCCAAUCAACUGUAAUUGGCCCGGUCUUUGUUUGUAUUUUUACUUUGAAAGACUUCUAAUAUGGCAAGCCUUGAACCAAAUCUGACAACUGCCAAUGGGACCAUAUCCAGCCUUGAGAAAAACUGAUCAACCAGGCCAGGGACCUCUGCAGUAAGCUGGGCCAGAAGGAUCAAGGCCUUGCAAUGCUGUCUGCAGGAUAUGUACAAUGCUCCUUGCGCCGAGAGAGAGGAGCUCAAGGAACACAACUCCAGGAUGCAAGCAGAGCUGCAGGACCUGAAAGAAGCAGCAGAAAGGAAGGUAGAUUCUAAUCAGAGAGGUAAGAGUUGGAGUUAAUUUUAAGCAUAACAACUAAUGGCAUCUUGAGCUUUGAUGCGAGUUGCCCAGUGACGUGAGCCUAUCAGACGGGCUAAAUGUCUUUUUAUGCCUGCUUCGAGCCAAGCAACAUUGAAGCAUGCAUGAGAGCACCAGCUGUUCCAGACGACGGUGUGACCAUGCUCUCCUUAGCCGAUGUGAGCAAGACUUUUAAACAGGUCAACAUUCACAGACCAGGACGUGUACUCAGAGCAUGCGCGGACCACCUGGCAAGUAUCUUCACUGUCAUUUUCAACCUCAACGCCAAGUCAUAGACUGGUCUCUCUGCUGCCACAUGGCAAGCGGUACCAGAGCGCCAAGUAUAGGUCCAAGAAGCUCCUAAACACCUUCUACCCCCAAGCCAUAAGACUGCUGAACAAUUAAUCAAAUGGCCACCCAGACUUUUUGCAUGCCUGAAUUCCACCAUUAUGACAACGUCUGGAUGGAUGUUUUGUCCUCAGAUGGAGGUGUUACAGGAGGAGUUGGUCUAUGCCACUAAAGAGGUGGAGCUACUCACCAAGGUGUUAGAUGAGCAGGCAAGUCUUCUCCAAGCUUCACAGUAUCAGACUGCCCAAAAGGAGGCUACCACUCUCCAGGGGAAGUUAAAACAACAGCAAGAGGCGGUUGAGAGGACUGUCAGAGGUGAGAGUGCCAAUCAUGUUCCACAGUCAUCCGUCAUCCCUGAAGUGCUUCCACAGGUUAUCGAGCUGGAGAGCCGAUGCUCCUCCAUGAUGACUAUGGAGGUGCCCCUCACUGAGCUUAACUAUGAAAGGGCUGCCAAGAACGAGGAGAUCCAGAAGCUCAAGGGUCAGCUGAAUGAGAAGGAAAUGGUGCGAAUGGAGAUUCAAGCUGUUUUUGACGAGCUCUACGCCAAGCAGAACCAACUGGCUCAGAAUGGGAACACAAAUGCGGAUGUUUUAAAUGAGGCCAUUCAUCAGAACUUCUUGAGAGAGCUGCAGGAGGAGAGGAGUGCAAUGACUGAAGAGUCAGGAAUUGCUGUUGGCCCAGUCUCAGACCAGUGUCCAGGAGCUGAGGAACCGCUGCCUAGAGGUGAGCCGGAAGGAGCGAGACCAGGAGUGACUGCUUCAGUGAGAUGUCUGAAUGUCGGCAAACCUGUCCCCUACCUGUCUGAGGAGAACUGCAAGCUCGUGGGUCAUAAGAACCAUAAGCAGAGGAUUGAGUACCUGGUCAAGCUCAAAGAACACCAAACUUCAAGUGAUUUCUGUAUGAAUAUAUUUCUACUUGGGCUGGGAAUCCAUUGUGUAUAUUGUGAUAUGUCUAACUGCGAUAUGCAUAUCAUUGGAUUUGAGUAUUUCACUACCUCUCUGCAGCAACUGUAGCCUCCCUGGGUCACAUUCAAAGGGAGGCUGUGCCACAGGCUCAGCUGCGUCUUCAUAUCAGAUGUUCAUUUCAGCAAUAAGGCCCGAGGUGGUGUGGUAUAUGGCCAAUAUACCAUGGCUAAACCCCUGAGGUGCCUUAUUGCUAUUAUAAAUUGGUUGCCAACAUAAUUGAGUAAAAAUACAUGUUUUGUCAUACCUGUGGUUUAUGGUCUGAUAUACCUCAGCCAAUCAGCAUUCAGGGCUCGAACCACCCAGUUAAUAAUUAUGGUUAUAUAAUCAUCAUCCUUCAUAUUGUAUUGUAUGAAUUUUGGUGGUCCAUAUAUCGCCCAGCCCUAGUAUUUACCACAGGGGCUAUUAAUCACAGAUACCAUAUGUAGGGUAGAUUGUGACAUGAUUGAACAACUGUUAUGCUGGAUGAAAUAUAUUUUAUAACUGUAAAUUGACUGUGUAUACAUUUAAUCAGAUCAUCAUUCAUAAAGGCAAAUUCUGGAUGUUUUCCUUGUUGAUUCUGCCCUAGCAACAUAUCUAUUUUGUUUUUAGACAAGCUAACAUCUGUAGCUUGUCUAUUUGUAUAGUUGUGUGACCAAUAAAAUGUGAUUUUAGUUUUAAUGUUAAUAUUUAGUCUCACCUUUGUUCUCUAAAUUCGGAGAAUAGUAUGGGUGGAGAUAAUUCCCUGUUAUUGGGUCUACUGCUUUUGUAUGGGUUCUGUCUACACUUCAUUACUCUAAUGUCUUGGUAAUAUGGUUUAUGUUAAUUAUAUAAUCGAAUAAAUGAAUA